UAUGUCUGAACCAGAGACUAAAGAUGCAGACAAUACUAAAGAUAAUAAUAUGACAAAAAGGUCUCAACGUAAGCUCUUAUUAAAAGAAGAGAAAAAAAAGAUACGAUUAGAAAAACGUCGUCAAGAAAAGAUAGGAAAAGACGUCGAUUUUAAUGACGAUUGGUUAGAAGAAUCAGAAUAUUUCGAAGAAAAUGGUUUAAGAAAAGUUCACCCGUACUAUUUUACAUUUGCAGCUUAUGCUAAAGGUAGAUGGUUCGGUAGAACUUUAAUGGAUGUUUUUGAAACUGAAUUUCGGCAAGAUAACCCUCAUGAUAAAAUUAAAGCACUUGAGCAAGGAAGGGUGAGAGUAAAUGGUGAACCUGUUGCAGCUGAUUAUGUUCUUAGACAAGGGGAUUAUGUUGAAAAUACAAUUCAUCGUCACGAAGUUCCCGUACGAGGAGGAGACCUAAACAUUGUUUUCGAAGACGACGAAGUUGUUGUGAUAGAUAAGCCUUCUUCUAUUCCAGUUCAUCCUUGCGGUCGAUAUCGUCACAACAGUUUAACAUUCAUGAUGAGGAAACUCAACGGCUAUAAAAAUUUGAGAACCGUCUACCGUCUAGAUAGAUUAACGUCUGGUAUCUAUAUCUUUUGUAAGAACGAUAUUAAAACGAGAGAAAUUAUAACAGCUAUUCAAGAGCGCAAGGUUAAAAAAGAGUAUAUUUGUUGUGUGGAUGGAGAAUUUCCAACUGGCAAAGUUGAGUGUAAAGAGCCCUUAGGAGUUCUCUCGUAUAAAUUAGGCCUUCAGUAUGCAACGAAAGAAGGUAAAGAAGCUUUUACGGUUUUUGAGCGAAUUGCUACUAAUGGGAAGUUAAGUAUAGUCAAAUGCUGGCCAAAAACCGGACGGACCCAUCAAAUCCGAGUGCAUCUUCAAUAUUUAGGAUAUCCUAUUACUAAUGAUAAAUUAUACAAUACACCGAAUUGGGGACCUGAAAAAGGUCGUAAUGGGAAUUUUGGACAGUCAAAUGAAUUAUUAUUAGAACGUCUUGAAAAAGAGCAUAGUAGUAGAAGAUUUCUGAUGACCGAUAGUGAUGAGGCUCAAACAAAACGAAAAAGAAUUGAAACUUCAGGAAAAUUUGAUGAAAACUGUCAAGAGUGCCUUCAUCCUUCACGAGAUCCACUACCAGACGAAUUGAUAAUGUAUUUACAUGCCUUAUCUUAUGAGGGACCCAAUUGGAAAUACUCAACGGAUCUUCCAUUUUGGGCCGAUCUAGAAAAAUUAAAUAAUUCUAAAUCAGAAGAAGGAGAAGAUAAAACUAUAUAA